CUUCAAGGACCAAAACGUCUGGUCGUUCGAUGCUCCUGAAGAAGUAACGCAGGUCAGUUCCCGCCCUGUUGCCUAACGUUAAUGCAGCGCCAACCUCAGGGUAAAGCGGGACUGACCUUGACGAUUAAACCAUUGCAUUCCUGUGGUUAUGCCCAACCAGGGCCACCAGGAUGACACGAACAUCGAGCGCUUAGGCCUUCGCGUGCCACCUUCCUGUCAGCGGUGCAGUCGAGGCACAUUGAGACUUAUAUCAAUGCCUACCCCGGCUCCGAUAGUCUUUUCGCCACACUUUUAUUGUCUCUUUUCCGCCCUAGUAUAUCCAAGAGUUAUCAACUUGGUAUCAUUAGUGCCUCAUAAUUCCACCAAUACUGAGGUAUACAAUCGCCCCACUGCUUGCCAAUAUGGGCUGGUCGAUAGAAGAGGUGGUCUCAUUCAUCACCAUGUGCAUAUCAAUACCUACAUUCAUGCUUUCAUUAUGGGGUAUUCUCAAAUGCUACAAGCGGUCACGCCACCGAAGACAAGGUUCGGUUCUCGACUGUACCUAAAGGGUUAUAUCCUGAUAUUCUUAACAGUAGAAACGUUAAGUCGAUUCGAAUUACCAACUGCCGGAGAUAUGCCACUCAUUCAAAUCAGCCAUGAAGCAUUUCCAUCCCUACCGUCCUCGCCUAUUGACGAUCCCGGGGUCCUAGAGGCGGGCUGGGUCUUCAACCAGGUUACCACGAGCAGUGAGUUUGCCAUGAUUACUUAUAGUUCAGAAGCUCAUCAGAGAAGCAAUGUCCCGUGCAGGUACUUUCCGUGUUGACCAGCGUAUUCGUGAAAAUUGAGGCCUUUGCUGUUUUGGGUUUAUCAAGCCACUCUCAUGAUACCCUUUGUAUAGGUGGCACGCCUGCUUUGUAACUUUAA